AUGAAAUUGAAAAAAAUUAAUACUUUGAUGGAUUUUAUUAAAAGGAAAAAUAUGGAAUUUGAUAAUUUGAUUAAUGGUAUUAAUACAUAUAUAGACAGUUUGAAUUAAUCAUUUUCUUUAUUAAAAAUGGUAAUCAGAUAUAAAUAUUCAUUAUAAAAUGAGAGAUUAUUAAAUUUGAAUUCAUUGUAAAUAAAUUAUUUCAACCAACAAAUUCAUUGUUAUAAAUUGAAUAAUUUAUAUGAAAAGUUAUAAGUAUCAUAAUUCAAUUAUUAUUAGAUUGAUGAUAAUUCUAUAAAAUUGUCUAAAGAGUUCUCUGAUAAAUGUAAUCAUAUCAUAUUAAUCCUUAGGCUAUUAUUUAAAGGGCAAAUCAUAUAACCAUAUUUAAUAUAUUUUUGAGAUAAAAAUAUAAAAAAGCGAUAUCACUAUUCGAUAAAUCAAUACAAUAUAAUCAUAAUAACCAUUAAUCUCUAUGAUGUAAAGGUCAAAUUUUAGAUAAUUAAUAGGUGGAUGUUUAAGAUUCUUAAAUAAUUAUGAGGAUCCAAUCGUUUGGUUGGACCAAGCAUUGAUUAUUGAUCCUAAGUAUGUUAAUUCCUUAUUUGAUGAAGGUAAAUUGAUUGAUAAUUAUAUUAAUAAGUGUAAGUGUAAGAAAAUUAAAUCAAAAAUGACGAUGCAAUCACUUGGUUAGAUAAAGCAUUAUCUAUUGAUCUUAAACAUGUUAAUUCCUUAAAUGAGAACGGUAGAUUAAAUAAUAAGUACAUUGAUAGGUUAAUGCUUAAGAUUACUGAAAAAACAUAAUGAAUCUUAAUAAUUACUUGAUUAAGUACUGUCCACCAAUGCAAAAAAUACAUUUUCUCUUAAUCGUAAAGGUAUCAUAUCUUUUUAUUUGUUAGGAGAUUGUUGA